AACGAGCACAACUUUUGGAAAGUGGAGGAGAAAAAACAAGUCUCCCUCUCGCGAUAGUACCUUGCUUAUACAGCCGCCAUAUUGUGUGACAGUAUUUUGAUUCGUAUCUACUGGAAGUGAGGAAAAAGAGAAAAGUGAAGGGCUGUCGAGGGGAGGGGGGGCUGAGAAAGAAGAGCUGUCAAAAAGGUAUUCCCGAGUCUGUCUAAAAGCGGAGGCCCGAGGCUCGCUAUCCCUCCCCUGGGCGUUAUUUCGAGGACACAUUAAGGCCCGGGGCCUCGGUGCAAACUUAGCUUUUCGUCUGCCUGAUACUAGUUGGACCUUUCUCGGCUUCUCCUGUGGCAGCUUCGCGGCCCUCUGGAGGUCCGGCGGCGUUCGGGGGUGUCGAAGGCGGCCCAAGGAGCGGCAGCGAGCGGAGAAGAGGAAGCCAAGUAAGUCGGAAUACGUUCAAGAUGAAGGGUCUUUGAUAACUAAUGCAACAAUACGCCGACUCCAACCAGCAGUUCUGACCUGGCAACAUACGAAUGGCCCAGGAAAGCCACCAUAUUGACAUUCAGGUUUUGCAUGACCUGCGCCAGAAGUUCCCUGAAGUCCCAGAGGGUGUUGUGUCUCAGUGUGUUCUUCAGAAUAACAACAAUUUAGACGCGUGCUGUGAAUACUUGUCCCAGGUCAGUCCAGGCUACUUGUACACCGAAGAAGGAAACAUCAAUUUUUCUGACGACCCCAAUUUGACCAGGCUCCGUAAUCACAUGACCCAGCUGAACCUGGGCCUGCAGUCUCAGAAUGUGCAUGUGGCCCCAGUGCGAGACAGCUUGAGAAUGAACGGCAGUCGAACUCUGGCCCAUAGCCUGAGCGAAGGGCCCCUGCAGACAGGCCAAGCACCAAACAGUAACUUCUUUCAGCAGGAGCCACAUUCUGCUCCAGCUGAAGGGACCCCCAGUCUCAAUGUGUUCAGUGCAAUGGAGCCUUCGCGCAAACCGCAGCCUCCACAACACCUUGGACUCUACCCAAUGGGUGUCAAAGGAACAACCAUGGGUCUCCAGCAAACACCACGUUUCAACCCUAUUACUGUGACGCUAGCUCCUCAGACUGGCCGGAACACUCCUACUUCUUUACACAUACGUGGAGGGCCACAGUCAGGUCUAGGAAGUCCACAGGGUAACUCUAUUUACAUUAGGCCCUAUGUAAGUCAGUGUGGUACGACUCGACAGAACCAGCAGCAAGGAGGCAGGGCCCAGUAUAGCCCCACCUCUCAGCCUCAGCAGCAAAUCUAUCAGAUCUCUCAUCCCUCGUCCUUGUCCGGGUCUUGGUCCGGGCCUCAGCAAUCCCCUUCGUCACAUACCUCACAGCAUCACUCCCAGGGUCACCAGACAUCUCAUGUCUACAUGCCAAUUAGCUCCCCAACAAAUCCCCAAGCACCCUCCAACUUUCCCUGUGGAAGCCAAGCAUCUUCAUCUGGUGUCUCAUCUUCUUGCUCGUCUUCCUCGUCGUCCUGCUCCUCCUCCGUCUUGCCCACCACGCUCUCUGCUAUCAGCCAGUACAACAUCCAGAACAUCUCCACCGGCCCGCGGAAGAAUCAGAUUGAGAUCAAACUUGAAUCUCCUCAGAGGAGCAACUCCACCACAACAACAGCUGUGCUGCGAACAGGCGGUGGGUCCCGUUCCUCCUCCACCUCGUCCUCCUGCCCUUCCUCCUGCUCCUCCUCCUCAACUGGGGUAUCUACUGUCCCUAGCAACCCUCUAUCCAUUGGAGGCUCAGGUCUGAGCCGCAGCCAGCCCACUGUUUACAUCUCUGCUAGCCCGCCUACAGCUGCUACGACGCCUUCUGAGGAGACUUUAAUUGCCUCUGCCGGAUCUCGUUCACAACCCAAGUUUUACAUUUCAGCAAAUGCCUCCUCUAGUGAUGACGCUGGGGGUAGAAACCCUCCCACAGUCUACAUCUCAGCUAACCCUCCAUUGCAGGGGCCAUCAGGUGCGAGGAACAUUGGGGGCCAGGUGAGUAUGGGCCCUGCUUAUAUCCACCAUCAUCCGCCUAAAUCCCGGGCUUCAGUGGGAGUGGGAAAUCCGGCUUCCUCUCCACGUGUGGUGGUGACUCAACCCAACACAAAAUAUACUUUCAAAAUCACUGUGUCCCCCAACAAGCCCCCAGCAGUGUCCCCUGGGGUUGUGUCUCCUACCUUUGAGCCCAACAAUCUCCUCACUCUACCGGCAGACCAUCACUUUGCCGAACCAGACCCCCUCCAUCUCUCAGAUCCACUUUCAGCACACAAGGAGAGACCAAGCGAGCCUCGCAGACUCAGCAUGGGCUCUGAUGAUGCUGCAUACACGCAAGCAUUGUUGGUCCAUCAGAAGGCACGAAUGGACAGGCUUUGGCAUGAACUGGAGUUAAAGAAGAAGAAGCUGGAGAAGCUAAAAGAGGAAGUCAAUGAGAUGGAGAAUGACCUGACCAGGAGACGACUGGAGCGAUCAAACUCUGCCUCCCAAAUUCCUUCUAUCGAGGAGAUGAAGCAGUUGCGAUGCAAAAACAGAUUACUACAAAUCGACAUUGAAUGCCUCACCAAAGAAAUUGAUUUAUGUCAAAAAAGAGGAUCACACUUCAAUCCCAGCCAUAAUUUCUAUGACAACAUUGGAUUUGUUGGUCCUGUUCCACCAAAACCCAAAAGUACUUUAUCAAUUGCAGACAGCAAGAUCAUGGCAGCGCAGGAGGAAGACGAGGGGAUGCAGUGGAGCUGCAGCGGCUGUACCUUCUUCAAUCACCCGGCCCUCAACCGCUGUGAAGAGUGUGACCUCCCACGGGACUUCUGAGCAACCCUUCGCCUGCUUGAAUCAGAACGCUGUCCUCCUGAAGGUUUGACUGGAUACUGUUUACAGCUUGUGUUUCUUCCUCAAAGCAGGCACAGUUGGAUUAUACCUCACAUUUAAACACUCCCAUUUUGUGGGGUCCUUUCCCCCCCCCUCACGCAACUUCCCCCCUCCUUCAGGAGGAGAGGGGGGAUACCUCGCUGCUCCCACUCACAGUAUUACAAGCCCCUCGCAGUGUCACACGUACACAACACGGGCGCAUGUGUGCCUUUCGUCGAACAGUUUUUCCUGCUGAGACGGCUUGUCGAGGGGAUUCAAGAAUGUCGGUUUGCCGCUCUCUUAUCUGAAGGGAAAACUACCAGACUACUCCUGGACUCUGUUUGCUGUUUGGAGAGGACGUCGAAGGGGAAACGAGCAGCAUCACUGUCUUGAAAUGUGCCUCAUGCCCCAACACCUGUUUCUUUUCCAAUAUUCCUUCCUUUUGACUUAAAAAAAAAAAAAGACAAAUUGCAUGCUUUGUGUACAGAAAGUCCUUUUUACUGUACAUAAUUUUAGAACGUGCCUUCGUCACUCUAUGAAUCACGUGUAUUUCCUGUAAGUAUAGCUUUAUAGACUUGUUUAGUUUCCCUCUUGUUAAACUGAUGAGUGACACGUCUCCGCAGUUCUGUGGGCCGUUAAAAUGCCAUCCGGGAGAGUAAAAAUGCAAGAAAUCAUUUAUUUUUUAAUUUUACAACUGGAAAAUGGGUUUAAUAUUAUUGGGACAUCAUUUCCAGACUAGUUUUCACAUCUGAAUGCUCUUCCGUUAGCUAAGGAAAAUGUCCGAUUUGUUAUUGUGUUUUAGAAAAAUGUUUCCUUUUCUUUGCGGUACUGAGAUUCAUCGUGACUUUGUCAAAAAAAUAAAAGUCCUCAAUAAA